AGGCUCCGCCCCCUCCCGCCAUGGCGCGCUCACCCGCCUCCGCCGCGGCGGCGGCGCCCCCCCCGUGGCCGGACUCCCGGCAUGCCCCGCGCGGGGGGGGCCCCCCCCAGCAUGCCCCACACCCCUCGCCCCCCCCUUCCAGCCCCACACAUGCCCCCCCCUCACCCCAUAACCCCGACGGCCUCUGCACCCCCCCCUCCAUCCCUAUCCCCAUCCGGGACUCUUGGACCCCACCGGGACACCCCGAGACCCCCCCGGGACACCCCGAGACCCCCCCCGGGGUGGGGGGGUCCCGGAGGGUUCUAUUCGCUGACGCUUUGGGGCUCCCCCUCGCUCGCCUGCGGCAAUACCGGCCCUGGGACCCCCGAGGGAGGGGGGGGCACCCGGUGGGAGGGGAGGGGCGAGGAGGGGGGGAGUGGGGCGAGGGGGGGGAGCAGCCCCCCGGGAGCUGGAUGAGGCCUGGGAAGGGCAGGCCACAGGAGGCAGAGGAUGCGCAGCCCCCACCCCCUGACAACCAUAUGGAGCCUGACCCAUCCCCAACGCCCCCCCCGGAUGCGGAGCAGCCCCUUAUACAGGGUGCUGAGGAGGAGGCGGUGGCGCGGGAGCUGGAGCAGCUUUACCUGUCCCACCUCCGGCGGCAACGGGGGGAGCCCGGUGACAACGGGGACCCCCCCCCCCGAAACGGGGGUCCCCCAUUGCCCGAGCGAGCCCCCAACACCUCCUUAGCCAAUGAGAUGGCGCUGCAUUACGAAGCGGGGGGGGGGCGCCGCAGCCCCCCCGUGCUGUUGGGGAGGGGGGGGCCGGUGGAAGGGGCGUUGUUGGUACCAGCCAGGCCCCCCCGGGGCCGGGGGGGUGGCUUGGGGGGGGCCCUGAGGGGUUGUGGGGUGCUGUUGGCAUUGGCUGUGCUGGUACCGGUGGCUUGGGGGGACGGGGGGGGCCCCACUGCUGCACUGGCAUUGGGGCUCUACCUGGCACUGGCCUGGCUCACAUAAAGGGGGGGACACACCCCAAAUUACCCCCCCCUUAUGUAUUAUCACCCCUGAAAGUGUGCGACACCCCAAAAUCAGAGGGGGCCUAUUGAAGUGCACCCCCAAACUGCCGUGGGGGGGUGGCGGUGAUCAUGUGGGACCCCCCCUCCUAUGUGCCCCCCCCUCCUCAUGGGUGUUUGGGGUGCCCCUGUGUAUAUAUACCUAUAGAAAGCCAGUC